UUCGAAAUAAAAAUGGUAUUUUUAGUACAAAAUUAAAAUGGUUUCGAAUCGAGAUUGUUACCUUCAUUGUCUGCGUAAAGAACAAUUUUUCGAGGGAAAAUGGAAUGAUUCUUCAUCUCGAAUUGAGGAAGAAAUUCGGUCGUUCUCAUUCGUUGUGUUGAUUUGAGCACUGAAGAUUCUGAAAGAUUAGGGUUCGUAAAUGUGCCGGAAGACGGUGAGGACCAAGAGUCGCCGUGGCGGGAAGUCCAGGCUUUCCCGGCGUUCCGCCGCUUCUACUCCGCCACCUAUGGUGUCUCCUUCCUUCUCUGACCAGGAUGCGCCGAAUGCAGAAGGCAACACUCUGAAUGAUGGAUUUGCAUCUUGUAAGGAUGUGCUGAAUGCAGAAGACAACACUGUUCAUGAGGCUUCGAGGAAUGAAACUAAUGAUGUGUUGGAUAAUAUAGAUUGCUUUCAGAAAGACACUUGUAUUAGAUGCGACAAGAGUGGUGAUCUAUUGGUUUGUACUGAAAUUGGAUGUCCAAUUGCUCUUCAUGAGCUCUGUAUGUCAUGUGAACCUUCGUACGAUGAAGAAGGGCGCUUCUAUUGUCCUUAUUGUUCAUAUAAAAGAGCUUUGGUUCGUGUAAACGAAUCGAGGAGAAAUGCUAUGGUGGCGAAGAGAGCGUUGUCGAAUUUCGUUGAUACCAGGAUGGUUGGUGGUGGCAAUUUGCUGCAGAUAGGAGAGGCAGGUAAGAAGAAAGCAUCUAAUGUUUCAACUCGUGGAGUGGAUGCAAACCAGCCUAAUCAUGGAAGUCAUUGGGGCAAUGAUAGCUCACGAGAUCAGGAUACGCAGAUCGAGCAAAAUCAGAGUAACGAAAAGGAAGACCAUGCGAGAAUAGCAAGAGAUGUUCAAGCAACGUCGAUGGUGAGGGUUAUUGGCGAAAAUCAUGAUGGUCCUAUUGUGUCUAAUAUUAGCAAGGGCAUUUAUUCAACUCCUGAAGUUCAGCCUUGUGAGGAUUCGAUGAAUGAAGAGGAAACUCGUGAGGCUGACACAUUAGGAACACAUCAGGUAGAAAGUUUAGAAGAUGAAGAUGGGGAAAUGAUGGACGAAGAAAACUUAAGGUCAACCGAUAACCUUCAGGAUGAUGAAACUGCGAAGGAUCGAGGUCAAUCAGCGACUACUAGUCCACAUCGUGAUGGGGAGACUGCUCAAGAACCUCAAGAACAAGACAAAGAUGAUGGUGGAGAACAAAUCCAUCCCAACAACGAAGGGAUGCUUGAAGAUACCGGUCUUGCAUCUGGAAAUAAUGAUUUGAAGGAUGAAACAAUCGUGAAGAAAAAGCGCUUUAAAAUCAAAGCUAACAGAAGAUCAAACCGACAGAAAUUUAAUUCUCCGAGAAAGUCGUUGCGUUUACAAACUUCAAAUCCUGGGAAAGAUCAUGCUACCAAAAUUGAGAAAGUUUCUGCAUCCAGGAAUUUAAGGAUGCAACCAGCCUCUCGUAAUCAAUUCAAAAGCUUUGAUUUUCAUGGUGGGAAGCGUAAGAGAAUGCGUUGGUCCACUGAAGAGGAGGAAAUGUUGAAGGAAGGAGUUCAUAGAUUCUCUUCUACAGACAGUAAAAAUGUUCCUUGGAAGAAAAUUUUGGAAUUCGGUCAUCACGUAUUCGAUAACACUCGUACCCCGGUGGACCUAAAAGAUAAAUGGAGAAACAUUCUAGCCAAAUAGUCUUACGAAAAGGGCCAUCGAUGCCGACUCUCUUGUGGGAGAAAAGUACGUCGGAGUUGUUUUGACGUUUUAUUUUUCUUAGUUUGUGUUAUCUCGAGAUUGUUAGCCUAUCAUAUCAUUGUAAAUUAUGGAAUAACUUGUGUGCUUUUAAUCUAACGAAGAAGUAUUUAAUGAGUCCUAAA